AUGGCUGGACCAAGCCUGGGUGUUUUUUUUGAUAUCGAAAGUUCCCCUCACAUCACCAGUCCUUGCCCUGCAGUGCAGAAGAAGCAGGGGAUUGCGCAACACAGGUCUGAUCUAGAACUGGAUGAGGUCCACCCAGCACGAAGUCUAGACCAAAUAGCCUGCGAACCACGGACGCAAGAAUCGACUGGGUCGCUUGUACCCACACCAGGCGCAUUAGAAAAUCGGAUGCCUACGCCAGCAGCUGAGAAUGCGGCUACGAUUGAAUGGGUCCAGGACCGAACAGUGAUCCCUUGGAAAACCAAGUGGCGACUCUUGAGUGCAUGCUCGAUGCUUUUCGGAAAUGGUAUGAAUGAUGGUGCUCCCGGUGCUUUGAUUCCAUACAUGGAAAAGCAUUACCAGAUCAGCUAUUCUAUCGUUUCAAUGAUUUUCGUGGGUAAUGCAUUGGGCUUCAUCUCCGCCGCCCCCGUCACGCAGUCAAUCGAGCAGAAGUUCGGGCGCUCCAAGAGUUAUGCCCUCUCGAUGUUCCUCUUAGCCGUGUCCUAUAUCAUCAUCACCUGCCAGCCUCCAUUUCCAGCAGUAGUGGUUUCGUUCUUCCUGCUGGGGUUCGGCGUGGCUCUGAACUUGGCCCUCAAUAAUACGUAUAGCGCCAAUUUGGGUAAUGGUACCACGGCCCUAGGACUGAUAUGCGGUGCAUAUGGUAUUGGAGGCACUGUAGCACCCUUGUUUGCGACAGCCAUGGAAUCAAAUGGGAUUCGCUGGUCACUUUUCUAUACAAUUCCUCUAGCAGUCAGUCUGAUCAACUUGGUCUUUGCCCCAUGGGCAUUCUCAAACUUCGAGCAAGACACUCCAGCCGGACCACAACGAGCACUCUACCCAGCUGUCGAGGGCUCGGGCAUCGAAGAACCUUUGACCCGUACUCAAAUUCUCAAAAAGGUCAUACGGAAUCGCACCACCCUCCUGGGGGCGCUGUUCACUUUUGCAUACCAAGGGGCCGAAGUGUCCAUCUCCGGCUGGAUGGUUUCCUUUCUCAUCAACUACCGAGACGGUGACCCUUCUCGGGUCGGAUACGUCAGCUCCGGAUUUUGGGCCGGCAUCACCGCUGGGCGAUUUCUCUUGACCCACCCUGCUGCAAAGAUGGGUGAGAAGUUUACUGUGCUGGGAAUGGUCGUUGGAGCCGUCAUCUUCCAGGUGAUGACCUGGCUCAUCCCAAAUGUCAUCGGAGAAGCGGUGACGGUCGCCAUACUAGGUGUAUUACUGGGUGCGGUCUCUCCAUGUUCCAUCUCGGUGUUCACGAAGUUGCUGCCUCGAAGUAUGCACAUCUCCAGCUUAAGCUUUGUCAGCGCCCUAGGCAGUAGCGGUGGUGCGGUGUGGCCGUUUCUAACAGGUAUUCUAUCUCAGCACGUGGGAACUAUGGUAUUACAUCCGAUUUGUAUUGGGUUGUAUGGUGUGAUGGCGACCAGUUGGCUUCUGUUACCCAAGAUCUCGAAGAGAUCCGAGUAA